GCAAAUAUCUCUCAACGUCAAAGGCCCGGCAAACAAUUCCUAAUCUCCGCCCGUUACGGUGCAACACACAAAAUGAUAAUUGAAUUACUAUUUUUUUAUAACUAUAUUACGUUAAAUGAUUUAUUAAUAUAAAAAAACGUAAUUUAAUGUUCCAUUAAACAACUAUAUAAACCAACUUAGCGACCACUUAAGCAUUUCCCUUACUAUUUACGUUCUCUUCUUUCUCCUCCGACACACUCCAAAACUCAUAAAUCUAUCUGAUGCGAAUUUGACUAACUCUUUCGUAAUUCAGGAUCUUACUACAAAUCUUUAACUCACCAAUCUUCUUCUUAUUCAAAGAUUAGAGAGAAAAUGGACAACGAGCUGUUUAUGAACACAGAGUUUCCACCACCGCCGGAGAUGGCGACGCAUUUCGAACACCAACAGUCUUCUUCAUCGGCCAUGAUGCUUAAUUGGGCUUUAAUGGAUCCAAAUCCGCAUCAAGAUUCUUCCUUUUUAUGGGAAAAGUCAACGGAACAACAACAACAACAAAGCAUCUUUGACUCUGCUUUAAGCUCAUUAGUCUCAUCACCGACGCCGUCAAAUUCCAACUUCUCCGGCGGUGGCGGUGACGGUUUUCUCAUCAGAGAACUCAUCGGAAAGCUUGGAAACAUCGGUAAUAAUAAUAACAACUCCGGUGAGAUCUACGGAACUCCGAUGUCUCGCUCCGCCUCAUGUUACGCAACUCCGAUGAGCUCUCCACCGCCACCGACGAAUUCGAAUUCUCAGAUGAUGAUGAACAGAACGACGCCGUUGACGGAAUUCUCAGCAGAUCCGGGUUUUGCGGAGAGAGCAGCUAGAUUCUCUUGUUUUGGUAGUCGGAGCUUUAACGGAAGAACCAAUACAAAUCUUCCGAUUAACAACGGUAAUAACAUGGUCAACAACUCCGGGAAGCUGACACGUGUCUCCAGCACACCAGCUCUUAAGGCUCUUGUUUCACCGGAAGUCACACCCGGCGGCGAAUUUUCCCGGAAGAGAAAAUCUGUGCCUAAAGGAAAAUCCAAAGAAAACCCCAUUUCUACAGCUUCUCCAUCUCCUAGUUUCUCAAAGACGGCGGAAAAGAAUGGUGGAAAAGGAGGAAGUAAAAGUUCAGAAGAAAAAGGAGGAAAAAGGAGAAGAGAAGAAGAAGAUGAUGAAGAAGAAGAAGGAGAAGGUGAAGGGAACAAAAGCAAUAACACAAAACCACCUGAGCCUCCUAAAGAUUACAUUCAUGUUCGAGCUCGACGAGGCCAAGCAACCGAUAGUCACAGCCUCGCCGAACGAGUUCGGAGGGAGAAAAUUGGUGAAAGGAUGAAGCUUCUUCAAGAUCUUGUGCCUGGAUGCAAUAAGGUUACUGGAAAAGCACUGAUGCUUGAUGAAAUUAUAAACUACGUACAAUCAUUGCAAAGACAAGUUGAGUUCUUGUCAAUGAAGUUAUCAUCAGUGAACGACACCAGGCUGGAUUUUAACGUGGACGCUCUUGUGUCAAAGGAUGUUAUGAUUCCAUCAAGUAACAACCGAUUGCAUGAAGAAGGACUCCAAUCAAAGUCUUCAAGUCAUCAUCAUCAACAACAACUUAAUAUUUAUAACAAUAAUUCACAAUUACUUCCCAAUAUUUCUUCCAAUAACAUGAUGCUCCAGUCUCCUAUGAACUCUUUGGAAACCUCUACCUUAGCCAGAAGCUUCACUCACUUACCAACACUUACCCAAUUUACUGACUCAAUUUCUCAGGUUUAAAUUACUCUUUUAAUUUUCUUCUUCAAUCUCAAGUUUUAUAUAACAAGUUUUUUUUUUUCUUUUGUGUUUUCAGUAUCAAAUGUUUAGCGAAGAAGAUUUACAAAGCAUAGUAGGAAUGGGAGUGGCAGAAAACCCCAACAAUGAAUCUCAACACAUGAAAAUUGAGCUUUGAUCAACCAUUUUUUUCAAGGUCUCAAGGAAGAAAACAAGAGAAAAAGGAUUGAUGGGUGUACAUAAACCAUACCAAUAUUUGUGAUUUAUUCAUAUACUCAUCUCCAUAUAUAUAUGUAUACACACUUUUAUGGAAAUAACCUAUAUUUUUUUACUUUUUAUACUUUAUAUUAUCAUCUUCCAAUUCAUUAUUAGCAUUAUUAGGGUUCAAUUGUAUUGUUAUCCACUUUGGAUUCCUUUUGCUUUUCUGAUGUAAUAUCAAUGUAAGUUUCUUACCAUCCACUACAAUCCAAGAUAACUAAUCUACUCUAAAUUAG